CCUCCACGACAACAUCUCAGACUGUUCACUGUUGUUAGCAGGGGAAGUCCUAAGUUGCAUAGUAGUGAUGAAGAUGAGGCACGGGGGGGUUGACAGGAUGUAGAUUCUCGCGAUAGUAUCAUACGCUCGGUCCAUUCAGUGCAUUCAGUGCGGCUCCUGUAAAGAUGGCGGUCAGCAGCAUCCGAGGCCGCCCGUCACGGAGCAGUCGGAUGCGAGGUCGGAAUGACAGCGGGGAGGAGAACGUCCCGCUGGAUCUGUCCAGAGAUCCUGCGGACAACCUCCGUGAGAUCCUUCAAAAUGUUUCCAAGCAGCAAGGAGUCUCAAACAUGCGCAAGCUUGGUAACCUCAACAACUUUGUCAAGCUUCUCUGCAGUGUUGGCCACUCAGAGGAGAAGCUUGGCUUUUCAUAUGAGGAGAUAAUUAUUUGCCUUCGGUUAGCUUUGUUGAAUGAGGCCAAGGAAGUGCGCGCAGCUGGGUUACGAGCUCUGCGUUACCUGAUCAGAGACAGCAGCGUGCUAGAGAAGGUGCUUCAGCUGCAGGUGGACUACUUGAUUGCGAGGUGUAUAGAUAUCCAACAAAGUAAUGAGGUUGAAAGAACACAGGCUCUCAGGCUGGCGCGCAAGAUGAUCACUGUGAAUGCACUGCUCUUCCCCUCCUCUGUCACCAAUUCCCUCAUUGCUGUGGGCAACGAUGGGCUGCAUGAACGAGAUCGUAUGGUGCGGGCCUGCAUUGCCAUAGUCUGUGAGCUCUCCUUGAAGAACCCUGUUGUGGUGGCACAGCGGGGCGGACUCAGCACCAUUCUGAAGAGCGUGACCGACUGUCAGCUGAGUCGCAUCAAUGAAGCUCUCAUCACCACCAUCCUGCACCUCCUCAACCACCCUCACACCAGGCAGUACGUCCGCUCUGAUGUCGAACUCGAGCAAAUCCUGGCCCCAUAUACAGACUUCCACUACAGACCCACUCCCGAUACAGCAGAGGGGCAGCUCAAGGAGGACAGGGAGGAUCGAUUCUUGGCCAGUAAAAUGUCUAUAGUUGCCUCAUUUCGUUCCUGGUCAGGCAUCAUUAACCUCUGCAAGUCAGGCAACUCUGGCAUCCAGUCUCUUAUUGGCUUGCUCUGUAUACCAAAUAUGGAAGUGCGGAAAGGUUUGCUGGAGGUGUUCUACGAUAUCUUCCAGCUCGUCAUACCUGUAGGGACUGCAGACUUCAAUGAAGCACUUACUAGUGUAGACCCCAGUAGAUUUCAGGACAGCUGGAGGUUGUCUGACGGAUUUGUGGCUUCAGAGGCACAAACAAUUCUCCCGCGUCGACCAUGCUCAAGGCCGAACCUGAUGGACAACUACCUGGCUCUGGUGCUUUCUGCCUUCAUCAAGAGUGGAUUACUAGAGGGUCUGGUCGAGGUGAUCACAAGCAGCGAUGAUGCCAUAUCUAUACGGGCUACCAUCCUGCUGGGAGAACUUCUCCAUAUGGCCAACACCAUCCUCCCUCACAGCCACAGCCACCACCUACACUGCUUGCCCACCCUCAUGAACAUGGCAGCCUCCUUUGAUAUUGCUCCCGAGAAGAGACUAAGAGCCAGUGCUGCAGUCAACUACCUGAAGUGUUUUCAUGAGAAGAAGAAGCGAGGAGCGAAACCUUACAGUCUCUAUUUGGACCACAUCCUCCGCACGUCGGGAACAUCGCACUACUGUCGAGACCAGCACUUUAGACCUCAGAGGGACAUUUUCAUUGUCAAGGAAACUGAGGAUGCUCUGAUGACCAACAUGAGAGACAGCCACAUCCUCAACCACAAAGAGAACCUGGACUGGAACUGGUGCCUCAUUGGAACCAUUUUGAAGUGGCCAAAUCUAAGUUUGCGUAGCAAUAAGGAUGAACACAUGCACAAAUUUGUGCAAAGGCUGCUUUUUUUCUACAAGCCCAGCAGUAAUCUGUAUGGCAGCCUGGAGCUGGAGCAUCCCAAGGCCAGACAGCUGACUGUGGUUGGCUGCCAGUAUAUAGAGUUCCUCCUGGCAUCUGAAGAGGAAGGUCAGGCUUACCUGGAAGACCUGGUGAGGGACAUUGUCCAGUGUCUCUUCUCCUCUGCUGGAAUCAAACCUGACCGCAGUCUGCAGGGCAGUGGGCUGCUAACCACACUCAGCCAGUACUACUUCCUCUUCCUAGGCACCCUGUCAGCCAACCCACAUGGUGUGAAGAUGCUAGAGAAGUGCAAUGUAUUCCAGUGCUUGUUGAACGUGUGUAGUCUGAAGAAUCAGGAGCACCUUUUGAAGUUGACAGUCUCCACGAUGGAUUACAGUCGAGACGGUUUGGCUCGAGUCAUUCUGUCCAAAAUCCUCACCGCUGCCACUGAUACCUGCAGGUUGUACGCCACUAAGCACCUGCGGGUCCUACUGCGUGCCAGUGUGGAGUUCUUUAGUAACUGGGGCAUCGAGCUCCUGGUCACCCAGCUUCACGACCGCAAUAAGACCAUUUCCAUGGAGGCACUGGAAAUCCUGGAUGAAGCCUGUGAAGACAAGGCCAACCUGCAUGCACUGACCGAGAUGAAACCCGCACUCACACACCUGGGGGACAAGGGUGUACUACUGCUGCUAAGGUUUUUAUCUAUUCCAAAGGGUUUCUCCUAUCUCAGUGAGAGAGGAUAUAUCACUAAACAAAUGGAGAAAUGGCAGAAGGAGUAUAACUUGAAGUAUGUGGACAUGAUAGAGGAGCAGCUUAAUGAGGCCCUCACCACGUACCGCAAACCUGUUAAUGGAGACAACUAUGUACGCCGCAGCAACCAAAGGUUACAGAGGCCAAACGUUUACCUCCCUGUGCACUUGUAUGGUCAACUGGUUCAUGAUAAGACUGGCUGCCAGCUACUUCAAGCGCAGAAUGUGGUUCCUGAUUUGAGCUACAGUGUUCGAUCUCCUGCCCUGGACAAAUGGGAGGGCAUCAAACAAUUGAAGGCAGCACUUUGGGCUUUGGGAAACAUAGGUUCAUCUAACUGGGGUCUGAACCUGCUGCUGGAGGAGGGGGUGAUCUCUGACAUUGUGGCGCUUGCCUACCACUGUGAGGUUCUGUCCAUCAGAGGGGCGUGUCUGUAUGUGCUGGGCCUUAUCAGUAAGACGAGGCAGGGAUGUGACACGUUGAGGCAGCAGGGCUGGGAUGCUGUGAGACAUAGCCGGAGCACGAUGUGGCCUGUAGUCCCGGAGGAGCUGGAGCCGCAGUCCAGACCUCACAACCUGAUGUCCCUGGUCCCCAGUACUCUCAUGCUCACAGAGUCCACAGGCUCCAGGCACAACGGCGAGAAUGACUCUGUACAACCCAGAGUGUAUAUGCUAGAUGAUGAGAGGCUAGAAGGCUGUGACUUCUCAGAGGAGUCUUCUUUGUUCAUGUGCCCCAAACUGAAGGACCGAAGCCCUUUCACUGUGCUGGCCUCAUCCCGCUUCCGCAACCGCCUUCUCCAUUCACUGUCUCUCCCUGGGAAGAGGCCUUGCACCACCCCUCACGCUAAAGGCAGCAACCCAGGCCAAGCGGGAGAGCUGGAUGGAAAACACGCGCUCAGACUCCCUAUUGCAGAACCUACCAGCCACUCAUUUGUAGCAACAGAUAUUUUCCCUAUGAACAAUGGCCAUCUUUCUACAAGCCCCUCGGGUGUGGGGAAUAAAGCCAAUGAAAUUAGCGGGAGCACACCCAGUAUUGGGGAGGUGGAAAUGGAUGGGUCAGGGGUGAGAACUGACCACCAGCGGGAGAAGUGUAGCUAUGAGCGUCUGGCUGAAGAUGGGCCCUCAGGAGGCAGUGGAGCCCAAUUUAAAAGCCGCAGCCAGAGCUUUAACACUGACACCACCACCAGUGGAAUCAGCUCCAUGAGCUCCAGCCCCUCCAGGGAGACCCUGCCCUCCACCAUCGACACCGACUGUGUCAGCCUUAACACCGUAAUAAGUGCCCAGACCAUCCAGAACGUGCACUCACUGACACCCCAACCUUACUCCACACCACUCUCAAUUCCCAAGUCCUGCUCUGCCUCUCUUGUCCCUCCUGGUUCCUCCCACACCUUGCCCCGCAGAGCCCAGUCCCUCAAGUCCCCCUCAGUGUCCACCCUGAGCAGCUUAGCUGACUGUAGCAUAUACUCGAGCUCCCGAGAGGCUUUGGGAUAUGCCACGCUGAAGUAUUCCAGCUCCCACAAUGGCUGCACGAGUCCUCAGGACGCUCUGGGCUACGCCACCCUAAGGAGGCUGCAGCAUCAGCGCAUCCAGCCCUCUCUGUCCCACAGCGAGGCCAUGGCCUCCCCAGCCAAAGACAUACUCUUCGCAAAUGUCAUCACCAUGAAUACAGGCAGUUUGGACUCCAGACUCACUUCACGAAGAUUCCUGAAAGCUCUCAGCUUUGCAUCUCUGGAUAAGGAGGACCUGCUGAGCCCAAUCAACCAAACUACACUGCAGAGGUCCUCCUCUGUGCGCUCCAUAGUGUCCAGUGCCACCUAUGGCUCCUCAGAUGACUACAUAGGCCUAGCUUUGCCUGUCAAUAUCAACAGUAUGUUUCAGAUUAAAGAAACACCAUAUUUCCAAAAGAGGAUGAGCCCGCCUUCUGAAGACCGCUCUGCUAAAUUCUUCUCUGGGGACCCUGAUGGCCCCAGUGAUGAAUGUUGCCCAGCGAGGCUUCGCCCUCAGAUCAGUAUUACAGAGCUGAUGGCAGUGAGCCGGGCAGAACAGCAGCAGAUGCUGGGCUCAGAGGAGACAGGCCUGCAAGAGCACAGCGAUAACAACUGCCUGUACUGCGCUGGACUGUCUGUACUUGGUGUCAACUCCCAUGACAGCAACCCAGAUCUAACAGAGGUGCCCCUGUUCUCAGAGUGGUACAGUGCACCUCCAGCAAAUCAUAUGGAGGUUAUGGUCCAGGCCAAGCUGUCAGGGGGGUCUCUAUGCAGUGACACUGUGUCCCAGGGAUCUGGGGCUAGUGGUCGCAGCACAGAACUUGUUUUGGGGGUAAAGUCCAUUCCUGAGGAUGCACCGGCUGGCAGGGUCCUGCUUAGAAAAGAGGUUCUCCGUCUGGUCAUCAAUCUCAGCUCAUCUGUGGGGACCAAAAACCAUGAGACCAGUCUGUUAACGAUCAAGGAGAAGUUCCCCUAUGCAUUUGAUGACAUCUGUCUAUAUUCAGAGGUCUCCUACCUACUGGCCCACUGCAUGUUCCGCCUGCCCUCCCGCCGCUUCAUUCAGGAGCUCUUCCAAGAUGUGCCAUUUAUACCAAUGUAUGAAGAGGCAGAGAGCAUCCUGUCCUUGUCCCCACAGAGGGCCCCAUCUCCACGUCCUGACAACUGAUUCACUGCUCUGUGUGCCAGCUGAAGCUUGAGUCACCCUGAACUCAACAUUGUGAAGUCCCAACCCGUCUCUGAAUAGUCACUGACCUAAUACACACACACACACACACACACACACACACACACACACACACCCUCACUGCAACCCCACAUCCUUUCCAGCUGCUCUGUCUGGGAGGCAACAUCUUUCAGACAAUUAUCAUGUGAGUCUGUUACUCAAAACACAUGAAUUAGCUCAGCUUUUCCCAAAGUCGAUGUUUGACGUGAUACUUUAAGGAUGAUGUGCCAAACAGUUCCUCUACUUUUGAUACGACACUAAACUUCUCCUCAUUGUGAGAUAGGACUCUUUUGUUGUGGAUGUUGAUUGGUCUUAUGGCACAUGACUGGAGGAUAUAAAGAAGAUGGUGUAAAGUAAUGCAAUCAUCAGAUUUUUCCUUUUCUUCUAGUAAUUUAAGUUAUUUUAGCACCUAUUAGCACUUAUAUUGAUACAACAUUCAAGCAUUUGAGAGCACUUUGAGCUCUUGUUUUCAUCAGUUCACUGAUAACAGAGGAAUCACUUCUUCUCACAAGGUAGCAGUUACUGUAUUCACUUGAGUUUGACUUUGCCUAAAAAAAAGAGAAAGGUUUCAAAGGUUUAUAAAAUCAUUAAAUGUAGCGUGAUUAUUCUUGUUUAAGGAUACUAGGUACUUUUAUUUAUAAGUAAAUCUGAUCAAUGCUAAAAAUACCUGCAUUUCUUGACUUUUUAUUAUUUUGUUGGUAUAAAAGCAAUCUCAACCACAGUUGGGUGGUUGUCACAGUUUUACUGAGAUUUGCACAAAGUCGUCAAAGUGAAAAUGACAUUCCUGAGAAGUAAAGGAAGAAUUUAACCACAAGAAAAAAAAAGAUACCUGCUCUGUAAUAUCUGUAAUAUAUCUGUGUAAGCAGGGUCCCAUGUCGAUAUGUUUUUGUCUGUGAGAGUUAAACAUAGAUUUGUUUGGAUUUUGACCUUUUUUUCACUCAGUGCAAUCUAAUGAGACUGAACUGUUAGUAAUCCUAUUGCAGAAAAUGUAAGCACAGCAUUAAUAAAGAGAAUAAUAAGAAAGCUGGGGGAGUCUGCUGAGACUGUUCUCCAUGCAGCUGUUGAUGAGAGACACUAUAGAGAUGUUUUGUAUAGAUAUUGUCUGUGGGUUUGGCUUUAAGGUCUGCUCAGUUUUAGAUGGAAGUUGACAUUUUAUGAAGCGACUCUUCAUAACUGAGUUUGAAGGUUUUUGACAUGACCUAUAGCUCGUUGUAGCAUAUUUUAAUUUUGAAAUUGUGGCAUGACUAAAUAAUGUUGUUCAAUGACUGGUGAUGUUUGUGUCCUUUACUGUUCGUGAUAAUUACACUGGGACAGGACACGACGUUGAUCAUCUUCUACAAUUUCCUCGACUGUGAGAUGAACACUCCUGGUUUUCAUUUCAGCUGUAUUUACUGUAGAAACCUGAACAUCUAACCUUUUCUUCACCAUCAACUUUCAGUUUGGUUGUUCAGUAGACUGUGCCUCAUGAUAACAGAAGAGGUGCCCAUUUGUUAAUGAACAAUAAAGUAAUUUGGAUUGUUACUCCCUCA